AUGUUCACCGGCACCCCUCGAUACCGACCCAAGACGAAGUACGUCGUCAAAGCCGACUUUCCCUACGAGUGGUAUUGGCAGGGCAAGCCUCUUCGAAAAGGCUACAUCCGUGGCGAGCACAUUAUGCCUCAACCUGUCGGGAUUGCACCUCGACUUCGAGAUCCCUCUCCUGCCGCGAGACCUACCUGUGCUCGAUGUGGGCACGAGUACGAGCAAUCUAGACCUCCAACGCCAAGCGCCAGUGGGGACACUGAGCGCAACACGCACAUUGUCACCCUGACUGCCCCACGGCUGGCCCACGUACGGUAUACUGCCUAUAUUGUCAAGAGUAUCACCACGUAUGUCAGCACACUGCUGUUCCUGUUCCUGGUGUCCAGCCAGCUGAUGCUCCAGCCCCAACCGCCCGCACAAGACCAGCCCAGCAACCGCAGCCGAGAUGAUCGUCGCUUCGAGAACUAUGUUUCUCCCAACGUGACUGAUGAGACUACUUCGGUGUCUUCGGUGGAUAUGGGUCCCAGUGAUAGGGGUGUGGAAGAAGUUCGUAAUGGGCAUCUUAUUUUUGCCAUUCCCGUGGAACUGACCGAGUGA